AUGUUUUUCGCGAGCAAAAUUAUUCGAUCUAAAUUUCCUAGAAGACUUUUUAUCUUCUAUCUUCUCUUUAGUCUUAUCCCUAUAGCAACAGAAGGAGUAGAAGGACAAACAAUAAAGGACAAGAUAUCAGUCUUUCCGGAAUACAGCCCAGAAAAUGGUUUAAAAUGUGAUGCUGUCGACUUCCACGAACAUAAAAUAUUCGGCACCUUUGGUUGUCAACUAGGGAAGUUUAUCCCUAUUGCGUUCCUUCUUUUUACUGUAGCAGUUUAUGGUACAAAAUCAGUGUUUGGCUAUAUGAAGACCUGCCUUAUUGAUGAUGUUACUAUUCUCACGUCUUCUUUGGUGCCCAUUUUUUCGUGGUACAUUUUCGGUAAACCACUUUGGUAUAAGGUACUUGGGAAUUUUACGGAAGAAUAUCAUGAAAUACAUGUUGCCGUUAAUGACUAUACCCGAAAGAAUAAUACGACUAGAGAUGAUUCUAAAGUUAGUGGAUUUAAUUUCAAAAUUGAUGAAAUUAACAAGCACUACAAGUUUAGGGUGGUUGAAAUUACAAUAGUUUUGUUAACAAGUUUUUCGGUAGUUGUGUGUUUGAUGUUGUAUAUUGGGUCUGCUUUUUACAAACGUCGGAGUAAACCUAAUGAUAAAUUUUUCGGUAAAGAGGGAAGACUUUCGAAGAUAAUGAUGACCAACAAAGAUUUCUUUGAUGGUUUAAAAACUUUCAUUAUUUGGAUUUAUUUAUUUCAUUCUGUUGAAGUCACGGUUUAUACUUGUGUGGAAAUUAAUUACUUUUUAAAGCAAUAUGAUGAUGAACUUAGAGACUUUGGUUCAACAAAUGAAGUUCAACAAGAUCGAAAGGCAACUUUUUUAUUUAAUCUAGACGAAGUUACGAACGUUUUGUUCAUAAAAAGAUUUUCUUUUUCCUGA